AUACAGUCUUGGAACCCGGAGUGAGUCAGCAGUCCCAGUGGAGAGCUGCUGGAUUUCAGAGACCAGGACCAGGACCAGGACCAGGACCAGAACAAGAGCGGAAUGGAGGAGGAGCAGCAGAAGCCGGAGCAGCGGAGCAACAAGGUCCCCAGAAGAGCAGCAGCAGGCUCGGCCUCUGAUAGCAGCGGUGUUCAGAAACGGAGAGGAGGAGGGGGACUCAGACAUCACAGCUGUCAGCACUGUGGCAAGUCCUUCACAACAUCUGGAAGUUUAAAGAGUCAUCAGAGAGUUCACACGGGAGAGAAACCAUACAGCUGUGAACACUGUGGGGCAGCUUUCACACAGUUAAGUACGCUCAAAAGUCAUCAACUCAUUCACACUGGAGAUAAACCCUACAGCUGUGACAUAUGUGGGGCAGCUUUCAAACAGUUGGGUGCGCUCAAAAUCCACCAACGCAUUCACAGUGGAGAGAAACCGUACAGCUGUGAACAAUGCGGGGCAGCAUUCACACACUUAGAAAACUUAAAAUCCCACCGACGUGUUCACACUGGAGAGAAGCCGUUCUGGUGUGAGCAAUGUGGGAAAACCUUUUCUCAGAGUGGUGGCCUUAAAAGGCACCAACUCAUUCACACUGGAGAGAAACCUUACAGCUGUGAACAAUGUGGGGCAGCAUUCACACAGUUAUCUAACCUAAAGGCCCACCGACGUGUUCACAAUGGAGAGAAGCCGUUCUGGUGUGAACAAUGUGGGAAAACUUUUUAUCGAGGUAGUCAACUUAAAAAACACCAACUCAUUCACACUGCCUCCUCUUGAACAUUUUCUAAAGCCAAGCUGUUGUUAGAAAGGAGAGAGGGAACAGAUAGCUUGAGUCAAGAUGCUGUUUACUACCCAGAUAAGAAAAGAGAGCAGUCAGAGCCCAAAGUAGCCGAGGAACAGGACCACUGCAGGCACUAACCUGCUUGAUAAAUAUGGAAGGAGAACUAAGUGUGGAAUUUGUCAGAGCACAUAACAUUGGGUAAAACUUGUCCACACAAAAAAGAGCAUGUAAAGAUGACAAGUGAAAAUCAGUGCUGUGAAAAACAGGAUGAGUGUAACAUAACAGUUGUUUUCCAAGGAAUCAGAUUAUGAGAUAUUCAUGGUUGAAGCUUGUAGAAGAAAAUGAUUUCCCAGUUUGUCUCAUUUUAUCCUAAUAUCCUCUUUCUGUUCACUGAUUAAGUUGAUCAUAUUUUAACAGAUUUAUUAAAACAUGUUUAUCUUGUGUCGUGUAACUGAAUGUUAUUAACAAUAUACAUCAAGAGAUGGAAUUUCUUUUGGAUAUAUGACUGUUAUCAUUUAUAUUUUACUUAAUUACUUCAUGUAUUCAUGUGUUCACAGAAGAUGCCUUUUCACAGGGACACACUGCUUCUUUAACGUUGUUGUUCCUGUGUCUCUGUUGUUGACAUGGAAGAUAGAUGUACAUGUUGUUGAUGAGCUGAUCAAACAGCUGAAGUUGAUUUCCUUUCUCCAGCCGUCAGAAAACAAACUGUCGUCUCCAUGCCCAGCGUAGAGUCCCAUGAAGAAGGAAAUGUAACCGUCAUUCAAAUAAAAGAAGUUUUCUGCUUCCUA